AUGGCCGACUUCGAGGAAUCUAUCCGACGUAAACGGGCAGCCGUGGAUGAGAUGGUGAAAGACGAUCCAAAACGAGCAAAAUGUUUAAACGACUUGGCAAAUCAAUUUGAUCAUAGAUAUUCAAAGACUGGGGCGAUUGGCGACUUAGAGGAGGCAAUCCAACUUGGGCGGGAAGCUGUUCAUGCCACACCAGAAGACGAUACGAAUCGCACAAAACUGCUAAUUUCCCUUGCGAGCCGACUUUCCGACCGAUAUUUUGCGACACAGACAAUCAGUGACCUAACGGAGGCUAUUGGAGCUCAACAAGAGGCGUUGGGAGAAAUUGCUUCUGGUCAACCGGAUAGGGGAGCUUGUCUUGGUAACCUGGGGCUUCUCCUUAGUAGAAAAUAUUCCCAAACAAAAAAGAGGGCUGAUCUAGAGGAAGCUAUUCAAGUUACUAGAGAAGCAAUAGAUGCUACGACAGAUGGCCCAGACAAGGCUGGAGAAAAGAGCAAUUUGGGUUUGUUACUCAAGCGACGACACUCGAUAACAGGCGCCAGGUCAGAUUUGGAGGAAGCUAUUCAACUUGCCAGGGAAGCCCUCGAUGUUUUUACAGAAGGUCAUCCAGACAGAGCGGUGUUUCUGGGUAAUCUCGCAACUCUACUAGCUGAAAAGUGCUCAGGAACAGCAGAGUCGGAAAGGGUAGACGAGUUACUUCGAGUUUUAGCGGAAACCAUUGAUGCAACACCAAGCCAUCUUCCCAACCACCUGGCAUGUUUAGUUAUGCUUUGCAACCGAUUGAACGAUCGGUUCUUAAGAACCAAGUCGUCGGCCGACCUUGAUGAGACUAUCAGAGUAACAAGGCAAACGGUUACUGCGACGCCGAGAAGUUCACCAGACCGGGCGGUGGCCUGGGAGCGCCUUGGGCGCCGACUCAUUGAUAGAUACUCGAGAAGCAAAGCGACAACAGAUCUUGACGAAGCCAUUUUCGCUACGAAACAGGCCAUUGAGGCUUCUUCGUACGAUGAUCCUGAUCGACAAAUAUGUGUGAACAAUCUCAGGAAAAUGCUCUACAACAGGUAUCUAAGGAAAGACAAGAAUACCGACCUGGGUGAAGUAAUUAAACUCGGGUGUGAGAGUCUAUAUGCCAUGUUGGAAACCCAGGAGCAUUGGCGAAGACAGUUAUCUGGCAUCUUAUUUAGGGUGAGAGAUAGGUACUCGACAGCAGUAUGUUUGCCUGACUUGGACAAGGCUAUUGGAGCUACGAUGGAGGAUGUCGAGGCUACGCCAACAGGCCACGCAAACCAGAUUUCUUUAAUGCCCAAGCUGGAAGGCCUGAUCAAUGAGAUUCACUUGAAAUCCAAAGGGCUGUCGAACCUUAAGGUGGAUAUUCCUAUCGUACGCCAGGCUAUUGAUAUCACGCCGGAAGAUCACCCGAGCCACAGAGAGUACCUUAAUUGUCUAGGAAUGCUAUUAUUCCAGCGGUACUCGAAAUCAAACGCAAUAGCCGACCUGCUUGAGGCUGUCCAACAUAUACGAAAAGCAGCGUAUAAUACACCAAACGGCCAUCCAACCCGGGCUGUGUAUUUAAGACACCUCGGAAUUGUACUGGAUAAUAUAUACUUGGAAAGGGAAUCCGAGUCUGAUCUUGAGGAGGCAAUCCAAGUGGGACAAGAAGUUGUAGACGCAGUCCCGCAAAACGCUACAGAACGAGCAAUUGACCUGUAUAAGCUAGCAGCCAGAUUGGGAAGCAAGUAUUCGAAAACAUGGGCAAUGGGGUGGUUGGAGCGACAUAUCCAAAUUUUGCAACAGACGGUGGAUGCGAUGCCAGCGGACCACACAUGCCUGGCAGAAUGCCUACGCCAGCUUGCGAAUGCAUUGAAUGAACUAUACUUGAAGACACAAAGGGUAGCUUACAUGGGGGACGCUAUCAAAGUUACAAAAAGGAUGCUUGGCAUUUUGCCGGACAGGUAUCCAAACCGGGCUGAAGACUUGGGAAUGCUCGGGACUCAGUUCGGUGACCGGUAUAAGUUCACAGGCGUGAUUACUGACCUUGACGAGGCCAUUCGAUACACGCGCAAGGCUGCUGAUGCAGUUCCAGAGGGCCAUCCGGACAGAGAAUGGUAUUUAUGCAAUCUUGCAGGCCACAUUGCCAAUAAAUUCGUGGAGACGGGGGAUGAAAUCUAUCUCAGCGAGGCUAUCCAAGUCACUCGGGUAGCCGUUGAGGCCGCCUCGGAAGAUCGCUUGCAGGCAGCCAAGUCAUUAACAAAUCUUGGAGGCUUCUUAUUUAGGAGACACUCAAGUGGCGGAUCAACAGCAGACCUUGACGAGGCCAUCCAGGUUGGACAGCAAGCCGCAAACAUGAUGCCAGAACAUCACCCAGACCGACCGUCGUGCUUCAGUAAUGUAGCAUGUUAUUUGUUCAAACGACAUCGGCGAACAGGAGCAGCCACGGACCUUGACGAGGCCAUACGCUCGUCACGAAGUGCUGUCGCUGCAGCACCAGGUGAUCACCCUGAACGACCAGGAUGUUUAAAUAAUCUUACACUUGGGCUGAAAGAAAGAUACCUUCAAGCAGGAGCUAUGGUUGAUCUGGCGGAAUCCAUCCAAUGCAUACGAGAAGCAGUCCAUCUCACUGCCGAUGAUCAUGUAGACCGGCCAGGAUACUUGAGCAAUCUCGGAAGCUACCUUAAAGAACGGUAUAGAAGAACGGCCGCCAUGACUGACCUUGACGAGGCUAUCAGAGUUGAACGGGACCUCGUCAACAAAACUGCAGAGGAACAUAUCGAUUAUCCUGGGUUUUUAUCCCAGCUCGGGAAUAGUUUGUCAUUGCGAUAUGAAAAGGGAGGAUCGAUUUCAGACCUCAACAAAGCAAUUCGUCUCGGCGAGGAGGUCCUCAAUGCGACCUCAAAGGACAACCCAUCGUAUGCUCAGUGCUUGCACAACCUUGGGACUCGACUCUUCAGUAGAUUUAAGCGCAUUUUGGAGCAGGAAGACUUGGAAGAAAGCAUUCGUCUUGUACAAGAAGCCGUUAAUACAGUGCCAGAGGAUCGACCCGACCGCGCAGAAUGGCUCAAUAGCCUCGGACUCGCGCUCAGCGCCAGCUACUACAUAACGGGAGACAAGUCUGAGCUUGAAAGGGCUGUAUCAUGCCAUGAAAUGGCAUUGCGACAAUGUACAACCCUUACCGUCACCAGGAUACUGGCUGGAAGGGCGGCUCUUCGUCAGUGUGCGGUACUGCUCGAUUGGCAACGCGCAUACGAUGCGUCAUCUCAAGCAGUACAUCUUAGUUCCAAGUUGACGAUGCGGUCGUUGACAAUGUCUGACAAGCAACACGUACUCAGUCAAGUAGUUGGCCUCACUUCUGACUCUGCAGCUGCAGCGUUGAACGCGGCGCAAGGACCUGUAACGGCUUUGUCUUUGCUUGAGGAAGGCCGCGGCAUCCUUGCCACCUCGAUUGAAGAUAUGCGAGUCGAUGUUUCGUAUUUGCGAUCUAGCUAUCCUGAGCUAGCUGAGCUAUUUACUCACCUUAGGGACAGUCUAGAACUAUCACCAUCCCCUUUUACUACGUCCUCUGGACAUAAUGGACUUGAACGUUCAUCACAAUCUGACACCGAUAGGCGUCAUAAAGAAGCUGGUAGGUUGGACGAGCUGCUUGCUGAAAUUCGUGGAAAACCGGGAUUCGAGGACUUCCUUCAACCACCGAGCGAAGAGGAUUUGUGUGCGGCGGCGAAGCGUGGUCCGAUCGUCGUCGUCAACGUCAGUGUGUAUCGUUGCGAUGCCCUGCUUGUUGAGCAACACCGAACUCGACAUUUAGCGUUACCCGAUCUUACUAUCAAGGAUCUCGAUCAGAAAGCCAAAGAAGGGAACUUGGGCCGUCCCCAAAUCCUAGAGUGGCUAUGGGACGUGAUUGCUGGUCCGGCAUUGAAUACCUUAGGAUUCACUCAGUCCGUCACCAGUGGUAACUUGCCACAUGUGUGGUGGGUUCCCACCGGUUCUUUGAUCAAAUUUCCUCUCCAUGCGGCAGGAUAUCACUUUAAGGCUGGUUGUGAGACAGUGCUCGACAGAGUCAUGUCCUCCUACAGUCCGUCCAUCAAGGCAAUAAUACGCGGGCGACAACAACCCAUCCGAGGAAUUCCGCCAUCGCGUGAAGCUCAAGCUCUGCUUGUCGCUAUGGAGAGCACCCCCGGUGCUUCUGGGCUACCUUUUGCAACUCAAGAAGUGGCGAUGCUUCGUGGUGUCUGCGAGUCAAUGGGCUUGAAUCCCAAUGAACCUGCUCGUUGUAAGAGCGACAUUAUAUCGAGCCUAGGAACUUGUCACAUAUUCCACUUUGCUGGUCAUGGGUACACCAAUUCCAUUGAUCCUUCUCAAAGCUCCCUACUUCUUGAGGACUGGGAAAAUAAUCGAAUGACGGUGACAAGUCUGAUCGAGAUGAAUCUGCGUGAGAAAGCGCCAUUCCUAGCCUACCUUUCCGCUUGUGGAACUGGUCAGAUUCGAGACGACCUGCUCAUUGACGAGAGCAUCCAUUUAAUCAGUGCAUGUCAACUAGCAGGGUUUCGCCACGUUGUCGGUACGCUGUGGGAAGUUAAUGACGAAAUCUGUGUGGAUAUGGCGAAAAUCACGUACCAAGGCAUCAAGGACUACGGCAUGACGGAUGACUCGGUCUGCCAUGGGCUCCAUAGUGCUAGCAAGGCUCUUCGUGAUCGGUGGGUGAAUACAUCAGCCAAGAUAGUGCAUGCUACGAGAGUGGAGAGGGGAAACUCGCACCGGAAUGCGACUGAGAAUGACAGUCGACUGCCGAGAGACGUAAUUCUAUGUGAGGAUGAUGAUGAGGAGACAUGGGAGAGUGUUGGCCCUCCACUUUGGGUUCCCUAUGUUCACUUUGGUGUCUGA